AUGAGAUCAAUCAGAUGGCGAAAUCUUAGUUUGGUCGCGUCGCUUAGUGCAGAUGUGUGGGUGAGGAUACCCUAUGAUUCUGGGUCCGGUUUAGCUUCCUCUCCAGUUUGUAUCAUGGCUAUGAUCAAUGAAUGUCUUGUUGAUAUUGAAGUAACAGAUUAUGGUGAAAAUCGAGUAGUUGUGUCCUUUCCAUGUUUGGAUGUGUGGCUGCAUUUGCCCGACUGGAAUGAGGUUAUAGAUGUGGUUAGUUCACUUGCCAAGCAACUUCCUAAGCUGCAAGCAAGCACCUCAGCAGAAGAUAUGUUUGGCUUUCCAGUUGAUAAUGUUAAAUCUGGAGUGGAUGCUCCAAAUCAUGAAGCGCCGCAAAAUAUUAGCGAUGUUUCCGCCUUUCCUACUUUAGCACUAGAUCAUGUUGGCUUUUCUGUUCAUAUUCCCGGACUGGUGCCAGGCGAACGUAUUUUAGGAACAUUUGCCAUUGAUGAUGCAUCUGCUCAUUCACUUGUGUGUCUCCCUGCAACUUCAGAGAAGCCUGAAAGAAAUUUGCUCAUUUCUCUCCAUUCUGAAAGAGCAAUUAAGGUUCUAAGUAUCAUUGAUUCAAGUUACCAUGUUUUGGAAGAUCUGAAGAGUCUUCAUGUUCCUCAAUUGAAAGAUAAAGGAAGGCAGACUCAAAAAUUUGAAUCUUUUCUUAGUUACAAGGAAACGUUUUCAAUUGACAUUCCGUUUCUUGGAGUCUCUUUAAUGAGUUCUCGCCCUGAGGAGCUGCUCUUUGCAUGUGCCAAGAAAUUGAAAGUAAACUUCGUGCAGAGUUUGGAUCAGCAGCAGUUCUCCCUGCAAGCAGCAUUGUUGCAAAUUGACAACCAAUUACACACAACGCCUUAUCCGGUAAUCCUGUCCUUCAAUCGUGGGAACAAGAUCAAUUUUGUGAACCAAAUGAAGUUUAAAGAUAAAAGUGCAAUCGGUGGAGUUGCAAGUCAGACAGCCUCCACAGACUUGCAUGAGCCAGUGUUCUCGUUAGCUGUUUCCAAGUGGAGAAACUCCGAUGCAUCUGUGGCUUCAUUUGAAUAUAUUAACCUCAGAAUAGAAGAUUUUUAUCUUGAGAUUGAGCUAGAAAUUGUGUUGAGAUUAUUUGAAUUUUGCAAAAGCACAUCUUCACGACUGCGUAGCAGAGUUUUUCAGCAUGUAGACUCCACACAGAGUCUAGUGUUUGCUGAUUCGGAAUUUGCUGAAACAUCUAAAAUCGCUUGGGUGAGUUCUGGAAGAUUGUAUGAGAAACACCCCAUUGACGCUGGUACUUUGCUUAGUAAUGAUCCCAAACGAAGCCUUUUGCUUCCUCAUGUAGUCCCAAUUGGAGCUCCUUGGCAGGAAAUUUGCCUUUCCACGCGAAAGCAUAAGAAAAUAUAUGUUGAACUUCUUGAUAUGGGGCCAAUAAAACUAACAUUGAGCUUUUCCAGCAGCCCAUGGAUCCAAAGGAAUGGUGUCCUUACAUCUGGAGAAUCUCUUAUUCAUAGAGGUCUUAUGGCUCUUGCUGAUGUCGAGGGAGCAAAAAUUAAUUUCAAGCAGUUGGUUCUUUCAGACCAGAUGGCCAGCUGGGAAUCUAUCCAAGAGAUCCUUGUUAGCCAUUAUACUCGACAAUUUCUACAUGACAUGUAUAAGGUUUUUGGUUCUGCUGGUGUUAUAGGAAACCCUUUGGGGUUUGCAAGAAGUUUAGGUCUUGGUAUCAAAGAUUUUUUCUCCCUUCCUAUCUGGAGUGUUUUCCAGAGCCCAGCUGGACUUAUUACGGGUAUGGCCCAAGGGACAACAAGCCUGCUGAGCAAUACAGUGUAUGCUAUAAGUGAUGCUACUAGUCAAUUCAGCAAAGCUGCACAUAAGGGUAUUGUUGCCUUUACGUUUGACGACAAAAAUGCAAUGAUGAUCGAGAGGCAGAAGAAGGGAAUGCCAUUGCAUAGUAAAGGAGUAAUCAAUGAAUUUCUGGAGGGACUUACUCGUGUGCUCCAAUCACCAAUCAAGGGAGCUGAAAAGCAUGGGCUUCCAGGACUUGUUUCGGGUAUAGCUUUGGGUGUUACUGGGCUUGUGGCAAGACCUGCUGCUAGUAUGCUUGAGGUGACUGGGAAAGCAGCACAGAGUAUUAGGAAUCGUAGUAGAAUCCAGCAAAGGUGCCAUAGGGUCCGUUUGCCGAGGCCUUUAGGUGCAGGCUCUCCCUUGAGGCCUUACUCCUGGGAGGAAGCUGUUGGGUCGUAUGUGCUCAAGAAGCUCAAGGAGGAGGAAAAGGAUGAAGAAGAAGAGGAGAGUUUAGUUAUGUGCAAAGCACUUAAGCAUCCCGGCCAAUAUGUAUUGAUCACUCAGAGGCAUAUAUUGGUUGUUAGGUUAAAACAUUUUGGUGAUCCGAGUUUCGAAGGGGUUCCAGCUGAUCCAGAGUGGGAUGUGCUGUCUCGGAUAGGAAUGGAGAGUAUAAUCCUUGCGGAUAAUGAUAGUGAGGUGGUGCAUAUUGUUGGCAGUGGUUUAGAUACAUCGUCAUCGUCAUCAUCAUCGUCUCACGGUAAACGAAUGCGAAUGCCGUGGAAGAAUUUUCAAACUCCACUCCCUCUUUUGCAGACGAACUUAGAGUUGAGUUGUCCAGAAGAGGCAGAGAAGUUGUUGAGAGCAAUAAGGUGUUUGAUGGAGACGGGAAAAGAGAAGGGGUGGGGUCGAUCCAUAUAUAUUGUGCACCAGACAAAUAUCAGGUGA